AUGUCAGCAUAUAGUGAGGAUGUUUUAAUUGUAAAACUUAACAAGCUUGUAGACACACAAGAGUCUAUUUCGCUAUUAUCUCAAUACAUUUGGCAUCGUGAACUUCGUAAAGCAUCAUCGGCUCGAAAACUUUCGUUUAUUUAUCUUUGUAAUGAUGUUUGUCAAAAUAGUCGUAGAAAAGGACCUGAAUUUAUUCAAGCGUUUAAAAAAGUCCUUCCAGAAGCCAUCGAACAUGCAUAUCGUCAUGCAGUACCUCAUGUUCAAAACUCAAUAACAAGAGUUAUUAAUAUAUGGGAUGAGCGAGAAGUAUUUGACCAUGAUUUUAUAGAUCAAUUAAGGGAAAAUUUGACAGGACAAAAAUCAAUUACAAAAACCAAAGAAGUACAACCAGAUCAAAGCAAUGAUUUGCCACCAAAUUUUAAUCGACCAGAAUUUAUCAAAUUAGCAACAACUACCAAAUCAAUAGUUGAUUUAGAAUUAGUUAUACAUGAGUCCAGUAAUAAGGUUUCUAAGUUUUGGACAGAAGUUAUGGAGGUUGAAGAGAAACCUAGACCAUCUAUUCUUUCUAUACAUCUUGAUCAUCUUCAAAGAAUAUUGAAUGAACAUGAAAGUCAUAUUAAAAAACAAAUUAAUAAUAGAACAAAUUUUAUCAUUCAAAUGAAAGAAAUUAUUUCACAAGAAGAGACGAAAUUAAGAUUGGACAAUAAGAAUUUGACAGAUAUUCGAUGUAAAAUAGACGAAUCGAAAGAAUUAAUAGAACAAUUAAAAGCCAUCACUGUUUAUCAAAAUGAGACAACAGAGCAAAAACAUUCAAAUCAAGUCAUUAAUAGUAAUAAUGAUAGUACAAAUGACUUUAUUCAAAAAGGGGAUGAUAAUAAUAAUAAUUAUUAUUAUUUACAAAUGAAAGCCAAUAAUAAUGAGUCUUCUUCGGUUAAUAAUAUCAACAAUAUGAUGGAAUAUGAUCCAUCGCAAUUAAACCUAAACCAGACACAAUUAAAUCCAUCACAAGUAUUACAAUCACAAUUACUUCAGGCGCCGUCAAACCAACCCAAUCUACAACUAAUGCAGCAGCAGCAGCAACUACUACAAUUACAACACUUACAACAUUUACAACGAUUAUUUCAACCACAGUCAUCUGCACAACCAUUACCGCACGUAACACUUCCAACAGCCUCUCCAUUCACAGAUCAAUUAUCCACUACCACCGUUCCCACUACUUUUGUUGGUUUAUGGUAA